AUGACCUCUCUUACCAACCCUGCCAUCCCCAAGGGGUCAAUCGUUCUAGUCACGGGCAUCAACGGCUUCCUCGGCUCGCACGUUGCGGAUCAGUUCCUUCAGUAUGGCUACAACGUCCGUGGUACUGUCCGCGACGUCAACAAGAGCAGCUGGCUGUGCGACCUGUUUGACGGGAAAUACGGCAAGGGGAGGUUCGAGCUCCUGGCAGUGCCGGACAUUACUGUCGAAGGGGCAUACAAUGAGGUGGUGAAAGGCACAUCUGCUUUCGUCCACGUUGCUGCUGUGGUUGGGCUCAAUCCCGAUCCGAACCAGGUCAUCCCGACCGCUGUUUCGGGCACCGUGAACGCGUUAAAGGCAGCCUACUCUGAGCCUUCAGUGAAGCGCUUUGUCUUGUGUUCCUCGUCGGCAGUGGUGGUGCCUGCGGACCCCGAGACUUACAAGCAGCCCCACGUCGUCACGGAGGAUUCCUGGUGCCAGGACAGCCUCAAGUUGGCGUGGGCCCCUCCGCCGUACACACCGGAGCGGGCUAUGGCUGUUUAUAGUGCGAGCAAGCUCGAAUGCGAGCUGACCGUUUGGAAAUAUCACAAGGAGAACCGAAACGCGCGUCCCGACCUUGUUGUCAACUCAGUCCUUCCGAACGGGAUAUUUGGAAAGUGCCUGGAUGUGACAAACCAGGGAUACCCCUCGAGUGCCGGGCUGAUCCAAGCCCUCUGGUCAGGAGCUCAGGUCCCCGAGUUCAUCAGGGCACCCCAAUACUUUGUGGACGCUCAGGAUGCCGGAACUCUCCAUGUUGCUGCGGCUGUCCUAGCGGACGUGCAAGACGAGCGGAUCUUUGGGUUCGCGGAGCCUUACAACUGGGACAGGAUCUUGGGCAUCUUGCGUCGGCAGAAUCCCGAUCACUCGUUCCCUGAUGACUUUGAAGGCAGCGCAUACCCGCACACCAUCAAGCCCAGAGACAGGGCAGAGGAGCUGCUGAAGAUCAUGGGCCGUCCCGGGUGGACUUCGUUGGAGGACAGCCUUCUGCAGAACACGGAGCACUUGCGCCAAGCCAGAGCUUGA